AUGCCCGACAUAACAGGCCUGUUGCGCCGCAGAGAUACUCCCAGCAAUGGCGGUAUCCGACGGCAUAGCUUCUACUCGGCCGACUCAACAAGCAAACUCGGCUUCAUGGGUAGCAGGGCCAGCGAGCAGAUCCCGCGAAGACCGCAGCCUGCAGAUUUCCUGACUCCGUCAACAGCUGCAUCUGGGACUCCUUCGACAGCAGGAAGCUCGGUCGAAGAUGUUACUCGGUCUGAGGAGCGUCCAGACUCUCCGCCGAUUCAGGAAGAAUCUACAAAACCGCGUCGUUUUACCAUGCUGAGAUCCCGUAUCGCCUCAGAUUCGCAGCUGUCAACAAGGGCUCGACUGCAGGCCGAGUCUGCCCCUCCUGUUCCACGUCCUCCAGAGAUCAUCACGACUGCUCCUACAAUGGACAUGCCUCAACCACGCGCGGCGAGGAAGAGAUCGAGAGUGCGGCUUCCUGGGCGCGGAAAGCCUUCGGCUGAUGAUCAUGGAAACGAGGCAUUACCUGUGACGGACAAUGAGAAGAAGGAACGAAGAAUGACCAUGUCGGAGGCUGGCCCAUCCGGUAGCAGAAGUAGGGUUACGUUUGAUGAGCCCGAUAGGCCGGCGACCCAGCCUGGUGGUCCUCCUGCAUACGGUGACGAAGGUUCUUCUGCAUUAGCUAUACCUGUCAAUCGACUCUCCGAGUCUUCAAGAUCAGAUGCUAGUUCAGGAGACCAUGGAGUCUAUGCAACAACUACGACGACCACACAUACUGUUCAGACAACCACUACCUUCUUCCGUCUCCCUCGACGCAAGAAAACAGCCCCGUUAUUUGAUCUAUCGCACCUCCCUCAAAAAUCCAACAACUUAGACUCUCAAUUAUUGGCUCCCCCUCUGGAACCUGCACACAGCUCUGCAAACAGUUCAGUUGUUAGUCCGGGGGCUGCAUCUCCUUCGCAGUCUUUACAGUCACCCUCCACAUCCACAGAGGACGUGGAAGCACAUGAAUUCGCUACCCCUCUACCCUCCCCAGUUCGCCCUUCUUCAACAAAACUUUCUACUGGCGUGCCAAUAUUGCGACAUGAUUCCAGUGCUUCUACUAAUUCUUCCCCAAGGCCUUCAAGGCUUGGCAUGCGUGGUAGAUCAUCCACCUUGAGCUCUUUGCGCUCUUUGCGAAAUGUCCCAAGUGAAGAACCAUUGCCCACCCCCACCUUGCCAUCAGCGCGAACGUCUACUUCUACAGGAAGGAAAAGCUUUGGUGAUCUCUUUGGUCUGUCCUACCGGUUGCGUCAGAUAUCGGAGCAGCCCCCACUACCUCGGCAAGGCUCCGGGGCUGCGACUCCUGGGUCCAACGCAUCGAAGCACAACUCAGUGCAGCUUACUAGGGAGCCGAUCGUUCUUCCGGAACGACACGAAGACGAUACACCUGCAAAGUAUCUUGUUCGCCUCGAGGAAGCUGUCAGCAGAGGCGUCGUUGCGAGUGUGCUAUCCAAAGGCAAUGACCCCUUCUCACAGGCUGUUCUUCGGAGCUAUAUGCGAGGGUUUGGCUUCUUUGGUGAUCCCAUGGAUAUGGCCAUUAGGAAAUUAUUGAUGGAGGUCGAGUUGCCAAAAGAAACUCAACAUAUCGAUCGUUGUCUCCAGGGAUUCGCGAAUAGAUAUCACGAAUGCAACCCUGGAAUAUAUGCCUCUCCAGACCAAGCUUACUUCAUUGCCUUCUCACUCCUUAUCCUGCACACGGAUGUGUUCAAUAAGAACAACAAACACAAGAUGCAAAAGCCAGAUUACAUAAAGAAUACCCGUGGCGAGGGGAUCUUCGACGAGAUCCUGGAAUGCUUCUACGACAACAUUUCCUAUACACCAUUCAUUCAUGUCGAGGAUGAUCUCGAUAUCAAUGGGGAGCGAAUCAUACCACAUAAGGUGAAGAAGAGGUCCAAGUUUGCGAAUGUGGACCCAACGAAGCGACCAUCCAAAGAACCAGUCGAUCCUUAUACUCUCAUCAUUGAUAGUAAGCUGGAUACAUUGAGACCGAAUCUCAAGGAUGUGAUGCAUUUGGAAGAACAUUACAGCUAUCUUGGCACGGCUCCUUCGCUCAAUCUCCAGAAUCUGCAAAAAACGUUCUUCAGGACGGGUAUCCUGCAAAUCAUCUCAGCAAGAUCACGGCCCGACGCUUUCAUGUCCGAACAGACAGCCACCAACCCGGAGGAAGCGGGUCCCGGUAUUGUCGAUAUCAAGAUUACGAAGGUCGGCCUCCUUUGGCGUAAGGAUGCCAAGAAGAAGAAGACCAGAUCCCCAUGGCAGGAGUGGGGAGCGAUUCUCACCGGAGCCCAGCUUUAUUUCUUCCGUAAUACAGCUUGGAUCAAGAACUUGAUGCACCAACAUGAAACUCAUAUCAAACAAGGCCAUGAUGGAACCCCCGUCAUCUUCAAGCCCCCGCUUGAGCAAUUCAAGCCUGAUGCGCUUAUGUCAACUGACGAUGCCGUUGCACUUGUAGACUCGACCUAUAAGAAGCACAAGAAUGCCUUCAUCUUCGUUCGCCAUGGAGGUUUCGAGGAAACGUUCUUAGCUGACAACGAGGAUGAAAUGAAUGACUGGCUCGCAAAACUCAACUACGCAGCAGCUUUCCGAACUUCAGGAGUUCGCAUGCGAGGAGUGGUCGGGGGUAACUAUGAGGGCCAACGCGCGCGUGGCAUCAGACGACUAGAAAGCAACGACGAAACGACGAAAUCUGUGCAGACGCCUACUGGAGAGGUUACUAUCGUCAGCGGGAAGAUUGAUCCUAAGAUGGCACAAGAAAUUCUUGCGGCUCGUCGAGAAAUUAUGCUGCAAAAGAUUGCGGAAGCCGAGGAGAAACUUGCUGUUGCAGAGAAACAGCUUGAUGCACAGCUAAGGAAUGCUCGCCACUUACAGAUAUUGGCCCCGAUCCAGGAAAAGACACGAGAGCAAGUCCUAUCUGCGGCCGCCCGUAUGUCAGCCCAACUCAAAUGGGGGCGAAUGGAGAUAUGGCGGUUAAGGUGUCACAAAGAUAUCCUAAUGAUGGACUUGGAAGAGGAGAACAAUACAAUGCGAACCGAAACUCCCACCGAAGUCCCUCCACCAGAUCACGCCUCUGUCACUCGUUUGGAUUCCAAAGCGAGCAGUCCGUCCCCUCAACGUAAUACACUCUCUCCACCUUUGGCCUCGGGCCCGCGGCCUUCAACAUCGGCCCAGGCGACGACACCUCAACUUGAAAAGGAUCAUGGAACAGAGGAAAUCUUCCCGACCCCAUCGCUCUCCAGCUCUUCGAGCUUCCACAAAGCCGAAGCUUCAUGGGAGCUUCCACAUUUAGGAUUCGAGAACCGCGGUGUUCGGAAGACCUCGUUAUCUAGCGUAGCUCACUCGAGUCCUCACUUGGCUCCAACCACAUCACGAUCCGGUUUAAACCCCGAUAUCACGAACGAGGCACAACGACGUCCGUCGAUCACUCACAUUGAUGCCGCAGAGCAAGCAAUCCUUGAGCAAGCAGGUCUUGCCGAUUUGGACAAAAUGCAAGACGGCAAACGACCAGGCACUGGUCUAGAAAAUGAUGAGAGUAAAGAUAAAGCCUUUGAAAAAGAGAAGUCGGAUCGUCGAAAGAUUCGCCUCAGUCUUCAGCGAACCCUCCGAGAGGCUCACGUGCCAACCCAUAGCCGAAGCCGUAAAGGGAGGGGCUCGAUGUCCAGCAAUGGGAUGUCGGAAGAAGCUAAUGAGGAUGUUCUAUCCCGAGGUACGGGUAGCUUUGUUGUCCACGGCAAGAAAGCAUCCGUUAUCACUUUCGGGUCAGAGCUCCAAAACAUGUCGCCAGAAGAGCGCCUGCGUCUCCGGAAGCAGACCCGUAAAGAUGGUUUAGAUGUCGUUUCGACCACAACAGUGGAUGACGACUUUCAUUCUGUUCUUUCGCAAGCCGUCGAACACCAUGAACGUCAUGGUUCAGCAGCAACCGCGAACACAACGACUGCUAUGAACUUCAGGGACUUGCAUGGGAGACUCUCUCCAAAUGGUUUGAGCGUUCCUGCCACUACGGCGUCAGACGGUGAUGAUAGCGAGGCCGCCGUCAGUUUCUCGGAGGGCAGACGUACACCGCUUCCCCCAGUUGAAGAUGAUGACGACGGUGACGAGGAGGGCCUGCGCCGAUUGAGCACCAGCAGCAGGCAAGCAAUGUUCUACACGCCUGAAGCGUCCAAUUCACCAGUAGAGACUAGAUUCAGCGACCUGAUUACCGACAGCACCGAGCGAGCUGAGAUGCAUAGGCCUCGACACGACGUCGAGAUUGAGCGGCUACCAAGCCCCGCUCGUCAGACCGUGAUCAGUGCUUGA